GUUGCUAAUUAAGAAUAUGGAUGUUCUACCAACUGUACUGUGAAAUGUGUGGAUUUGAGUUUAUAAGAUACUUUCUAAAUUGUGUAGCACAGAUGGACACUCGUUCUUGUGUAAUGUGUAUGAACCAUGAGGGCAUGAAUAAAGUAGGGUUAUUGAUGGGAAUCUUAAGUGCAUGCUCACAUGUUAGAAGUGGUGCUUACUAAUGGCUGAAGACUGUGGACACAGUCAUGAUGCAGAGGAUGUCUAUUUGUGUGCAACUGAAACUAUCACUGCCAAGUUAAGAGAUCCACAAGUCACAUAUGUCAUCGAGACUUUAAAUGGACCCUCAACUGAAGCACCUCUGCCUGUCAUUCUUCGUGGCACAGAAUUGGACAUCAACACAGAUCUAUCAGGUGCCAGGCUAUUAAAUGACACUGCUCAAGGAUCUGAUGCAAAAUCCUUACCAUGCUCAAACUUUUGUUUAAGAAGCAAAGAUAUCCCAUCUUUUCUUUCUAUUGAGGAGAGUGCAGAUAAAAUCCAAGUAACUGUCCUGUUUAAUAAAUCAGAAAAUUCUUCGAGACAUCAUGUGCCUACUGCCAAAUAUUUUCCAGCUUUGGAAGAAGCCAAAGGUUUGAUUGUAAAUUAUAACCUUGAAGUGCUUUGUUAUGCGGCAAAGGACCUUUCUCUCACAUAUGCUGUCUCAAAAUUGAUCAUCCCUGGUUUAGCUGACCAGUUGCAUGCGAUGAAGAGGACAAUUUUGCCUAACCUCUUAACACAAAAUCCACAGAAGAAUAUCUUUGAAUUGCUCUCUCUAAAUGGCUAUGAAAGUAAUAACAAAGGUGCUAGGAGUCCAGAUGAUGAGCUACAUCCAUAUCACUUCAGCCCACCCGGGAUUUUGCAUCCAAUAACUGUUAUUUAUGAACUUAGUUUUGGAGAGGCAGAACUGAAGCAAGUUGAAGGUAGAAGAUCCAUACAUUUGAAGCUUGGAUUACCUUUUGACCGUCCUCUCCUAAGAAUUGCCAAUGCCAUAAAAUUUUCCACAAUGAAGAAGAGUGCAAAGAGCAACUUAACUCGAAAAGGUAAUCAGUCAAUUUCAAAUGGGCUAAAUUUUGUGCAGUCUGUCAUUGUGUGUGCAUGA